AUGAUCAGCACCAUCAGCGGAGGGCCCACCUUUGCAGGUACAAGUAACCGUUUGGUGAAGCAAUAUGUACGGGUCGCUCACUACCCUCAGGUCUUCGGCAUAAAAUUCAACUGGCACCACAAAGUUUCAAAGGUGGUGUUAGAGCCCAUCACAUUCUAUGAAGAGGAAGAAGAGGGGAUCCUUUACCCCCAUGAUGACCCGAUGAUCAUUCGGGCUGAAAUCGCCAACUAUGAUGUAAGGCGGGUACUGAUCGACACUGGAAGUUCAGUAAAUGUAAUUUUUGCCGAUACUUUCAGACGAAUGGGAAUAGCAGAUAGCCAGAGAGGGAUCGAAGCCAAUCCCGAGAAAAUCAAAGCCAUCAUCGACAUGGAAAGGCCUAAGACACAGAAGGACAUUCAGAGCCUUGCAGGGCGAGUCGCUGCCCUAACACGCUUCAUCUCUAAGGCUACCGAUAAGUGUGUGUCGUUCUUUAAAGCCUUGAAAGAGGGCAAAGAGCAUAUCGCGUGGAUUGCCGAAUGCGACCAGGCAUUUCAAGACUUAAAAAACUACAUGAGUAUAGCACCAUUGUUGUCGAAGCCACUCCCAGGAGAGGUUUUAUUUCUUCAUCUUUCUGUAUCUAGCACUGUCGUCAGCUCGGUGCCGAUACGCAAACAAAAGAAAGCAGAACUACCGAUCUUCUACGUCAGUAAGGCACUACAGAACGCAGAGAUUUGGUACCCUCCCUUGGAACAGCUAGAAUUAGCUAUCAUAAUCUCAACUCGAAGACUUCGCCCAUACUGCCAAGCGCAUGAAAUUACAGUCUUAACCAACCAACCGCUUCGGCAGGUGCUCCAGAAACUGGAAGCGUCUGGUCGAUUGAUCAAAUGGGUAAUUGAGUUAAGAGAGUUUGACAUACAGUUCAAACCAAGACCUGUGGAGAAAGGGCAGGCUGUCGCUGACUUCAUCUCUGAGCAUAUACCUUCGAUAGCACUUGAGCCAGCUAUUUCAGAGGCUAAUGACGGGAAACCAGACUUCGCAGCCAGAGAUACCUCCAUGACAGCCUACCUAUCAACCACAUACCCACUUCUUCAAGAAUUUCAAGCCUACGAGAUUCGGCAGAUCCUCAGAACGAAAAACAGUCAUGCUGAUGCACUGGCACGACUAGCUUUGGCCAUCAACAACAAGGACACAAAUACACUAGUGAAAAAGUGCGACAAAUGCCAACGCUUCGGCAACAUACCUCACAUCCCUGUCGAGCCUCUAACACAAAUUGUGAGCCCAUGGCCUUUCGCCCAAUGGGGACUCGACCUAAUCGACCCAAUGUCGCAAGGCAAGGGUCAGGUUAAGUACGUCGUGGUUGCCGUGGACUACUUCACCAAAUGGGUAGAUGUCGAAGCACUGGCAACUAUAACGGCAGCCAGAAUGGAGGACUUCGUAUGGACUCACAUCUGCUACAGGUUCGGUAUCCCCUACGCAAAAAUCCCCGAUAACGGCAGGCAGUUUGAUUCGGAACUCUUUCGACAGUUUUGUACUCGUCUCAAGGUCAAUCUGUUCUUCGCCUCACCAGCUCACCCUUAA